CAGGAUCACAGUGGUACCUGAGCUGUUUAUUCAACAUGAUGGCUGUUUGGUGUACUGCUGGGACUUUGCUCCUUGUUUUGCUGACUGGUUUGAGUUACAGCUACCCUAUGCAGCAAGUUUCUGCUGGCUCUAACUGGAUGGUUCCUUUUGGUGGAUUUGCCCCUUCUGGUUCUUGGUCUGCCUCUCAAACUGUCUCAAAUCCAGCUCAGUCCAACUAUUUUGUUGCACCUCCAGGAUAUGCUCAAGGCUCCUCUGCAGACCCUGCCUCUAAACAAGGCAUUUCCUGGGCUGUUGCACCUCCCAGUCCAUUUUCUGCUGGAGCAUCCACAGGACCUAGCACUCAGCAGUUUGCUGCCAGUGGACCUGCCCUUCGACCACUUGGCCUUAACUUUGUGAUCCAGCCUGACUAUCUUCUUCCACAGUACCAGGCAGGGGAACUUUUCCAGGAACAGAAAAGCUUCGAGCAAGGCAACUCCGAAUCUGAGAGCGAAGCGCAAGGUUCCAUGCCACCACCUCGUUUUGUCUAUGCUGCACAGCCUUCACAAGGCUUUAAUGGAGGACCUGUGCCAUCAGGCCUGGUCUCCUAUCCUUACCCUUCCUAUGACUACAUGUUCCUGAAUGGCCAGUAUCCUCCAGGCACAUAUACUUACACCAGCAACAGCCUUGAGCAGGGGAGGGACAGCAGGGAGGAUGCUCACUACACAAGGGACAACUAUCCCAGCACUCAGCAGACCAAGAACAUCCCUUAUAGACAUCGCACCGUCAGGCAGGCGAGUAUGGGGAGUGCUAGUCAGAGUGGUGCAGCGACUGGACAACAGCAGCCCUACAGUGGAGUUGGUGUACAAGGUUCUUACUCACAGCCGGGCCGACACCGCCGGGGAGCGCCGAGAACACUCAUGCAAAAGGUUGGCUACCAGGUGAAUCUGUAAAGAGCUGUCAAUAAAAUCUUAACCUGUACAUUU